AUGCCCAAGAUACGCCAACCCACGACAGGCUACGAGCGCCUUGCCCAGGCCGACCGCUUCAGCGACGACUCCGACGAUGAAUUCAACAAUGCCGGUCUAUCCGCCUCCCUCAACCCUUCAGCUGCCGUAGGCCCCAAAUACCCCCCGAAUGGCAGUGGCCCGUCCGGCACCCGCCCCAAGUUCAGACGUCGCGUCGGUAGCACCGGCGGUGUCGACAUCAAAGCCAUCAAUGCCCGCUUCGAGCGCUGGGCCGACGAGAUUGCCUCCAAGUUCAAGCGUGGCCGCGGAAGGAGCUUCGCCGGCGAGGAGGAGCGCCUCGAGAUCCAGCACUCCGUCUUCCGCGCCCCUGAAGGCGUGCGUCCCAUCACAGCUGAAGAACUCGCCGACACCCCCGAGGGUGCCAUUACCAAGGCCGAAUUUGAGGCUACCGUCGACAGUGUUAGGCGUGCUAUUCGACAGGAAAUUCACCCCAGCAUGAUCUCUCAAGGGAGCUCUGGUAGCUACUUUGCGCGCGAUCCGGAUGGCAAGAUUGUCGGUGUCUUCAAACCCAAGGAUGAAGAACCCUACGCGGCUGGAAAUCCCAAAUGGAAUAAAUGGAUUCAUCGAAACUUGUUUCCUUGUUGCUUUGGCCGAGCAUGCCUCAUUCCCAAUCUCUCAUACGUCAGCGAAGCCGCUGCCUACGUUCUCGACCGCCAAUUACGAACAAACAUGGUGCCUUAUACCGAUGUUGUCUGGCUCUCCUCAAAAUCUUUUCACUAUCCCUUCUGGGACCGUCGCAACUUUUACCGCAAGAAGAAGCCCUUUCCGGCCAAACCCGGCAGCUUCCAAGUCUUCCUCAAAGGCUUCAAAGACGCCAACGUCUUUCUUCGCGAGAAUCCAUGGCCUGAUCAGUACUGGUCUGGCUUCCGCACAUCGAGUAGCAAAGAUGUUCGUAAUCGCAAGAACAAGAAGUGGUCCGACGCCUGCCGCCCAUCAACGUCGAGCCAGGCCGAGAAUGUGGACUCGGAGGAUGACGAGACUGACUCACCUGGCGGCGGUGAACGCUCUCCGUCUCCCGAACAGCCGGCUAGGUUCGAGUGGACAGAAGAUUUAAAGCAGUCAUUUCGCGAAGAGCUCGAGAAGCUGGUUAUUCUCGACUACAUCAUGCGCAACACGGACAGAGGUCUCGAUAACUGGAUGGUCAAGGUCGACCGCGACUCUAAUACCGUGACCGUUGCCACGGAGCCCAUGCAUCUCAAUAUGGAGGCCGAAGCAGAGCCCAACGCAGACCGUCCGCGGCCCGUCAACGUCAGCGACAUGCCAGCCACGCCCUCCACAGCAUCUUACCCCUAUCAGCGCCAGCGACCCAUGCACGCCUCCUCUAAGCGCAAUGCCUCAGAGAAUCACACGCGCAUGGUGCUUGGCGCCAUCGAUAACUCGCUCUCCUGGCCGUGGAAGCACCCUGACGGCUGGCGCAGCUUCCCGUUUGGCUGGCUGUUCCUCCCCGUGGACCUCAUCGGGCGUCCCUUUUCUCAAAAGACGCGCGACCACUUUCUGCCGCUGCUCACGUCGACGGCGUGGUGGAGCCAGACGCAGAUGGCACUCAAGCGCGUCUUUCAGGUCGACGAGGACUUUCAGGAGCGCAUGUUUGCCAAGCAAAUCGCCGUCAUGAAGGGCCAGGCCUGGAACGUCGUCGAGGCCCUCAAGACGCCCGACCACGGGCCGCUCGAGCUCACCCGCCGCGCCAAGGUCUGCGUCUGGGACGACCUCGUCGAUGUGCCCGUCGCCGUCCCCAUGCGCGUCACCUCAUCAGAGAUGCGCCGCAACGCCCUCGCUUCUUCGUCUCGCGCCUCGAUCGACGACGAGGAGGCCGAUAUUGCCAGCUCCGCGCCGACUGCCAGCAACAGCACCGUCGUCUCCGCCGCGCAAUCCACAGACCUCCUCGGCUUCAGCGCCGCCUCGCUGCCCGGGGGCGAUCUUCCGAACCCGGGCCGCUUUGAAAUCACAAUCAGCCCCAAGCUCGAAGCCACGCAAGACACCGCUCCCAAUGGCGAUAUCGCCGCUGAAAAUACCACAACCUCCUCCCGGCCCUCGUACACCGGGCCCUCGCGCACGCUCAACACCUACGACCCACCCCGCAACAGCAACCUCAACAGCAGCCAGCGCCACCAGCGCCGGUACUCUUUCACCAGUACGCCCGGAGGCCGCCGCAGCAGCCACACCAUCGCGCACCGGCUUUACAGCGGGGAUCAUCACGCUGCCGUUGCCGGCAGGCGCAGUUACGACUACGGCAAUCACAGCACCGCCGGCGACGACGACCUGCUCGAGGGGGACCUCGGCUACGCCGCCGCCGAGGGCCAGAUGGGCAACCAGCGCAAAGUCAUUGUGGAGCGCCUCGAGGCCGUCAAGAGCAGCAACCCCGUCUUUACGUGGUGUUGA